UAGUAAGAGCAUGCGCAGUGCGUGAAAAGAAUACGGCGAAGAUUCAAAGUUUUUGUUCAGUUUUUGCCAUAUCACUGACCAACAAGCAGACUAUGUUUGGCUUUCACAAGUCAAAGAUCUACCGGAGUAACGACGGCUGUUGCAUCUGCAAGACCAAGUCCUCCAGUUCACGCUUCACAGACAGCAGUCGAUAUGAAGAGACGUUCAGGCUCUGUUUUGGGCUGUCAGAGGAUCGUGUUGGAGACAUUUGCAAUGCAUGUGUGUUACUGGUGAAGAGGUGGAAGAAGCUGCCUCAUGGCUCCAAGAAGAACUGGAACCAUGUGGUGGAUGCCAGAGCUGGGCCGGGCUUCAAGGUGACAAAACCCAAGAAGAUCAAGAACAGCGAUGGGAAGAAGAAAAGCAAGCUAAAGAAACUUCACAAGUUAAAGAGACAAACAGACUCAGAUGCCCAAAGCACAACCUCCAGUGUGUCUCCUGCCCAGUCUCCCAGUUACAGCAACCAGUCAGAUGAUGGCUCAGACAUCGAGUCAAAACAAAGACGCUCGACUCCCUCUAUCUUCUCUUUCUUGGAUCGUUCCUACUGGAAAAGACAAAAGGUGUGCUGUGGGAUUGUCUACAAGGGGCGGUUUGGAGAGGUGAUUAUUGAUCCUCGUCUUUUCAAGCCCUGCUGCAGUUCCAAAAAACAGAAGACACUGGCGUCCACACAAGUGGCCGCACACCUUCCAGACACACUUCCUCCACAGCUCCCGGAAGACGCCCAAGAAACCUGGUGAUUGCUUUUGUUGAAUCCCCCUGUAGGGUUAUCCAUGGCAUCCACCUGGAUUUGUCUCCAGUGGCAGACCUCCUAAUCCCACUCCCCCUGUUAGAUCACUUAGUUAGAUAUUUCAUUCCUUUUUUAUAUGGGUAUUUUUUUAAACUUUUGUAUAGAGUUAAUUUUCUUUUUUUAUGAAAAGCUUAAAGGAAAAAAAAAAACUUACGGGCAUUAGCGUUAUUUAUAGGAUGAGGAGACAAAUUUUGAUGAGGCUCCGUUUCUGAUUCUAUACUGUUUUUGAUUAUUUUGUAUUACGUGAUCAUAAAUGUUUUGUCACUUUUUCAUACAUAUCAAGACUGUUCUUUUUUUUUUCAUAAUUUGUCAAAUUGUAAGUGUGCAUAUGAAAGACACCAGCUAUACCUAAUACCAGCUUUUUUGUGUGUGUGUGUGUGUAGGAGUGGCUCUUGCAAUGUUUUUUGUCCUUUCUGUUUGCUCCGUAUGUGCAAAUGCGUGAGUCUGUAGGAUUUCUAGUACAAAGAGGGCUAUCGGUGACACCAGGGAUCAUUAGUACACUGUCCUCCAUGAAUUAAGCUUUUAAUGUGUGUAUAGAAAUGAACGAAUAAUCUCUCUGACAUUUUUCACAGCCUAAGCAUGCCAUGCGUUUGAAACACUCCAUUGUAAUUUGUUCAGCAGUUUGUGCACAUUGACUCAGAUAGAUGUGGUUAGACCAUGCAUGCAGUACAUUCCUCUGCCUUUCUGGAAUGACAAAAGCGAUGUAUUUAUUUCUUUUGUACAGCCUCCAAUGAAAUGACAAUGCAUGUUGUAAAGCAAAUGUUUUUAAAAUGGAUUUUGUAAAUACAGUGUUUUGGCUCUUGGUCCAUUCAAACUUUUUUAAAUGACAGGAAUGGCAAACCACUACUAAUGUAAAAAACUGUUUUUGUGUGUCUGAAAGGUGCUGAAAACAUGUACUUUUACGCUAAUUCAAGUUUUUAGAGAAUAUUCACAUCUCAUUUUCUCAGACACAUUUCUCUAAAAGAUGUGCAAAGCUGUAGCCUAUGCUAUGUACAGAAAUAUGUGUAAACUGCAGGGAAAGUUAAACGCUUAUAUGCAGCAUCAUUGAGCUGCAAUAUUCCUUUUUCAUUCGCUAAUGGCACGCAAUGGUAAGAAAUUGAACAUUCUGGAAACGCAAUCUAUGUUUUAUGGCUACUCUACAUUUUUGACAGAAAAUGCUGUCAGAGAAAAUGUGUUUGUGAUUGUCAUUGCUGUGAUUUAUUCAGAUGCAAUUGUCCAAGUUCAAACUAUGCAGACAUUAUGAAUGUGAGAAGUGCUCUGGGGCUGUCUGUCACUUUUACUAUUUUAGUGUAAAGUGGUGGAUCUUUAUUCAACCAAAUUGGCUUGUAAAAAGCAUCAAUUAUUUCAGCAAUAACUUUACGUUUUCCUAAUCACAAUUCAUAAUUGUCUCAAGAUAUAUCUUGUUAUAAUAAUGCUCAGAUUGCACAGUUUUAGUCAUGGUGUGCUUACUGUCUCUCAAAUCAAUACCGCAGUGACAACGGUUACAUUUUUUACAAUAUUGUUAUCAAUAUCAAACAUGAAUUGACAGACAAUGCUCUGUAAAGUUGCUUAAUAUAUAAACUUUUCUGCGGCAGGGUAGUUAAAUGCUGAACAUGUUCUAUUAUUCUUACUAAAAGGAGAAAUGCUGCUUCCUUUUAAGCUGGAAAAUAAGCUUGUUUUUGUCCUUAGGGAGUUGCCAUAUUUUUUUUUUGCGAGGUACAUUUUGGGAUGUGAGAUGUGCCUUAAUGAAUUACCUGACCUUUUCAUUAUGAUUCUCAUGUAAUUUAUAUUUAUUUAUUACAAAGCUUUUUUUUUUUUACUGAAAUUUUGAGACAACUUGGUGUAGAGCCUUUCAGAAAAUCUGUUCUUAAUUUUGUGCACUUCCUUUGAACAUGCAAUGUAGAUGUUUUUCAAUGCUUUUUUUGUAUACUGUACCACAAAGUAGAAGUGUAUUGUAAUAAAAAUAAAAUUAAAAA